AUGUCGUACUACAGCGAUCGCCAUCGCGCCAAACGCGACAGGUAUUCCCGCCCGGCGAGCUAUGUCGACGAGACCUACGGCACUGAGUUGGUCCGUCGUCAGAGCGACGACUCUGUCGAAGACGUGUCGCGAGAUUUUCUGUCUGGUGAUUAUUACUACGAGUACUAUCCCAAACGGAGCCGGGUGACCACCGUUCGUCGAGCUCGCUCCGUGAAUGGCCCGAAUCCCUACUACGACGACGAGUACUACCGGCGCGACGAUUAUCGAUCGCGGAGAUCUCGACGCUACGAUGAUAGACGCGACCGCGACCGCCAUUCACGCUACUCGUCCUGUUCUUCUCGCAGUCCGUCUCCUCGACCCAGGCGCCGUAAGUCGCUGAGCGAACAGGCCCUCAGUGCGCUGGGUGGCGUUCUUGGAGCCUCCGCGGGCAAGCACGACGAUCGGGAUGACGAUGACUAUGACCGGGACCAUGGUAGAGGCCGUUCUCGCGGUCGAGAGAGCUUCCGUCGUCACCGCUCCUAUUCCUGCUCUGUCUCUCGCAGCCGCAGUCGUGGGCGACAUGCCAAAAGAGAGGACCAGAUCGCGCAGGCCGUCAAGGCGGCUCUGGUGGCCGGGGCUGCGGAGGCGUUCCGGGCUCGCAAAGAUCCCGGCAGCUGGACGGGCGAGAAGGGGAAGCGGGUCCUGACGGCAGCCAUCUCGGCUGGAGGCGUCGACGGGCUCAUCGAUCGCGAUCCGAACAAGCACGGAGGCCGUCACGUUGUCGAAUCGGUGCUCGCUGGACUAGCGACGAACCAUCUCGUCAACGGCGGGCGGUCCAAGUCGAGGUCGCGCAGGUCAAACUCAAGCGGAGGUGGGCUCAAAGAUCUCGUCACUACGGGGAUCCUGGCCGCCGCGGGGAAGCAGGUCUACGAUCGUAUGCGCUCCAAGUCGCGGGGUCAAGACCGAUCGAGCUCCCGCGACAGCGCCAGCCCGCCCCGUCACCGCGAUGGUCCUAGGAGACGCAGCUCCAGCGUGUCCGAAUACAUCAGCAAGGGACUGGCAGCGCUGGGAUUAGAGGACAAGAAUGAUGACAAUCGGCGUCAUCGCCAUCGUCGCGAGCGGUCGUCGCGUUACUCUGACGAGUCUGACGACGAGUACCGGGACGAAUACCGGUCAUCGCGUCGCAGGUCUUCUCGAGAUGUACGUGGUUCCCAGGGCGGCAGCAAGUCGAGUUCCCGUUCUACCGGCAGUGAUUCUGACUUGGGUUCCAGUGACGAAGAAAAGCGCGAGCGCAAGAAGAUGCUGCGAAAGGAGAUGCUGACGACGGGCUUGGCGGCGGUGGCCACCGUCCACGCGGCACACACGGUGAUGAAGGGGCUCGAAGGGCGGAAAAAAGCGCCAGCAGCAGCUAAAGCAAGGCCAGAUCACUCCGGAGGAGGCUCGGAAACUGCGGACCAAGGCCGAUCUGAUGGAUGCAGCGAGCGUGGGGCUCGCCGCGGUGGGCGUCGCGGGGGCGAUUGGCGAGUGGAAGGAGGUGCAGGAGAAGCGGCGCGAGCAUCGAGAGCUCCUGCGGCGAUGUCACGAUCGACAUGA